UGUUAUUUAAAAAUGGACACCAUCAUGGCUGGAGUACCGAGCAACUCCAGUGAACCCAGCGAGGAUCCACCCUUCAGCCCGACGCCUAACUCCCUUUAAAUAACGCCUCUCUGCUUAAACUACAGCGCCGACACGUUCUGUUUUCGUCCUGUCUAUCGAUCAGCUUUAGAUGUCGCUCCCAGUAGUGCUGCCGGGGUCUUGCUGUCCCGUUACUGGGGCUUCGCAGCUCGCAGAGCCAUCUCACAGAAACCGACCCCGGGGCUUGUCUUCCCGGAUUGCCAGCGGAGGCUCUCCGCUGCUACUGCCCGGGCGACCGCUGCUGUCGCUGGGCUUGCUGCAGCUGCUGCUCGGAGGCUCCAUGGUGGCGCUGUCCUUCGGAGCUCUGUCCCUCAGCAACUCAUCCCCCAUUCGAAACUCCUGUCCAUUCUGGGCAGGCUCCUCGGUCAUUCUGUCAGGCAUUGUAGGCCUCACAACAUGGAGAAGGCCCAUGCUUUUGCUGGUCAAUGUAUUUGUCCUGCUGUCUGUGGUGUGUGUGCUCCUUAAUUUGGCGGGAUUCAUCCUGUGCUGCCAGGGAGCCCAGCUAGUAUCCAGUAUGACCAGCUGCCAACUGAGUGAGGAUGGGGAUGUAUGUUACUGCUGCUCCCUUUCCCCCACGUCCAAAUGUCUGGAGGAGAAGUUGCUGGAGCUCCAUCCUGCCCACUCCUGCAGCACCAUGAGGAUCCUGCUCAAGAAAGUAUUGUUCGCGCUGUGUGCUCUGAACGCUCUGACCACAGCUGUGUGCCUUAUGGCAGCUGCCCUGAGAUACCUGCAGAUCUUCAAUACAAGAACACCUUUCAUGGAUGAGCCCCGGCCUGUAGUAGAAGAAAGGGAGGAUGCCCCUCAGGUCCCUGACCCAGAGGAGUUUGUGGCCCCAGCCCCUCCUCCCUCCUAUUUCUCGACUUUCUACUCAUACACACCACGUCUGGCUCGCCACAUGCUUGGGGACAGUGCGAUCCCCCUUCCUCAUAUCUACGGGGCUCGGAUCAAAGGGGUGGAGGUCUUCUGUCCACUAGAUAGCCCACCUCCAUAUGAGGUUGUUGCUGGAAGUUCCAGCAAUGAAGUCCCGCAGGAGACAGAGAUUGCUCUGACAGAGUUGACUAGGAGCCCUACAACCACUCCACCUUCACACACCUGUGUUCGAGACAUGAGUCCCCAGGUGGUACAGAUGUCACCCGGUGUCGUUGCGCAGGCUAAACCUCAGCUCCAGCCUCCUCCUCCUCCUCCUCAGCAGCAGAAACACACUCCAGGAGUAGCCCCCUGGAAGAAAGCAGGGAUCCGCCGCUCCAACAGUGACCCAGUGUUAAUAGACCUCACGGCUAAAGUGUGGAGCAGCAGCGACACUCCCCUCACUCCUUUUCCUCAGACAACAGAUUCUUCCACCCAGACCUCCCAGCCCACACUGGCUGCCCAGGGCCAGGUCACACUGCGACGGGGCAACAACGACAGUAGAACUCCCCGCCGGCCCCGACCCUCCUCCAUGGUGGACUACCAGAGCUACCAACACACACAGCAGCUCGUCAGGAAAAUCCUGGAGCAGCCAGCUGCCCAGGGCCUGGCCCCCGAGAUCCAGGAGCUGGUGGACAGCAUACGAAAUGUCUUGCAGUCAGAUGAGGAGCACAUGGAGGAAGCUGUACGCUGUGCCAGUUACAUAGAACAGGUGUUCACUGACUCAGAGUUGGAUCCCAGUCAACCUAAACCACCCCAGGAGCAGCCAGCAGGCAGUUCCUCCCAGACUUUCCACCGCCCUCCCCGGAGAAGACCCGGUCUGCUGCACCUACAGAGCUGUGGGGACCUUAGUUCCUUCACCUGUGCAGCACUGGAAUCUCUGGAACGCCAGUCAAGCAAUAGAAAUGUGGUGUCGAGGGCGGGUUCUAGAGCGGGUUCAAGGACAGGGUCCCGUCUGGAUCAUCCCGAUCGCCCUCACAGUUUGAUCGGAGUCUUUAGAGAGACAGUGCUUUGAGGGAAAACUAAUGGUAUUAACAUAAUGUGGGUGGUAAUGCAGCUGGAUGCUGUCUUAUCUCUUGCUAAAGUAGAAACUAAAUAGUAAACAAUUAUAACCCAUGGACUGCAAAUCUAAGCACUGAGAAUGUGUGUGUGUGUGUGUGUAUGUGUGAGGUAUGUAUAGAUAAAAACAUUUUUGCCCUGCUAAUUCUGUUUUUAUGACAAUUUAUUUGUGAAAUACAAAAAAAUGUGGGCACCUUGUACUGAAACGGUACACAGCGUCCAAGGUUUUGUAUGCUUUCUAAACAGUUUGAGAUUUUAACAUUGUAAUACAUUUGCAUUUGUUCUAGCCAACUCGGGUUUACCUGUACAUGACAGCAGUUAUUUUACAUGUAUCUUGUUGUUAAUGGUGCGGUGCGUUGGCUUAAACAUUUUCAGAUACUGAUAAAAGAGUACUGGUUGAUUUAAUCGGUCCAUCAUUUCUUAAUGUUUUCCAACAUGUUGUUUUGGAAUGAAAUUAAACAAUCCAAACAUUUACCUGUACAUGACAGCAGUUUACCUGUACAUGACAGCAGUUAUUUUACAUGUAUCUUGUUGUUAAUGGUGCGGUGCGUUGGCUUAAACAUUUUCAGAUACUGAUAAAAGAGUACUGGUUGAUUUAAUCGGUCCAUCAUUUCUUAAUGUUUUCCAACAUGUUGUUUUGGAAUGAAAUUAAACAAUCCA